AUGGCGCCCCCAAAGCGCUGGCCCGCGCCCAUCCACGUCUUCUCCUACCGCGCCCUCCUGGUGGUGCCCGUCAUCCUCGCCAUCGCGACCUUCGCCUCCCUCUUUCUCCACUCGGACGUGAACGUCGCCCUCCUCUACUCGCAAUGUGACGCCCGCGCCCGCCUGCCGGCCAUCAGCAAGGUCCCCGUCCUCGGCCCGCCCGCCUGCUUCGCCGUCAGCUUCUUCCAGAACGCGCUCGGCUCCGUGCGGUCCUUCGCGAGCAUGGCCGCCGUCCUGUCCUUCAUCGCCGGCCUCAUGACCGUCACCACCGUCGAGGCCGCGCGCGUCUGCAACGCGCCAAACAUCCUCAUCGCCAACCCGACGGGUCCCUGGCUGGUCUUCAACCUGCUGGGCGGCGCGGUGGUGUGGCAGCUCGUCAUCAUCCCGGCCUUCUUCCACCGCUCGCGCUCCAUCCUACUCGCGCGCAAGAACGCCGGCCAGGACGUCGUCGAGAGCGCGGCGUCGAAAGACCCCGACUUCGGCAAGGACUCGCGCCAUCUCGUCGUCGACUCGGAGAUCAUCGCCAUCCCUGUCAGCGUCGCGUGGGGCUUCGUCUUGCCGUCCAUUCUCAUGCUCAUCUACAACUCGCCCAUCACCAUCGCCAUCUGGCUCGUGUUCCCCAUCUGGGUGUCCCUCGUCCGUCAAGGCGUCCGAUGGAUCGUUCUGCGGCUGCAGAGGCGCCAGCACCGCAGUUUCCAUCUCGAGUCUCACACGGUCUCGCUUCUGCUCGUCUACAUCGUCCCCAUCCUCUGCUCCGCCGUUUCUCAUGUGUACCUCAUCUGGAGCCUCUUCCAGUGGGACGACAGAAAAGAGAUGACGCGUUCGACCAUCAAGUUUGUCGAAAUCGACGCCUUCUUCAUCGGGUUGACCGUCCUGUACUGGAUUUUCGUCGAGACUGGGUGGAGGGUCCCCUUGGUGGCGGUUCUUGUUGCUGUUCCCCUAGGCCCAGGCGCCGGUGUCUGUAUUGCUUGGAUCUAUCGGGAUACCCAAAUUCGUGAACAUCUCAAGCACUGGCUGUCUGAUAUCGUCAGCAGCGGAGAGGCCAAUGAAGAGGGUAGAGCCCCAGCUGAUGAGGAAACACCUUUACUCAACUGA